AUGGCUGCCCGUGGGUGUCAGAGGAGCGGAGUUCUCGGUUCCUCAGAGUCGGGCCUCCUGACGCCACCAGUGGGCGGGGCCCCCCGGGCCGUCGCCGCCGCAGUCAUGUACCCGCCGCCGCUGCCGCCGUCGCCGCAUCGGGACUUCAUCUCGGUGACGCUGAGCCUGGGCGAGAGCUACGACAACAGCAAAGGCUGGCGGCGGCGCUCAUGCUGGAGGAAAUGGAAACAGCUGUCGCGGUUACAGCGGAAUGUCCUUCUCCUCCUCGGUGCCUUUCUGAUUAUCUGUGGACUCCUGUCCUACAUGAAUACGGCUGACCACUGGAAAGCCCUGAAUGACAGGUCGUCGGAAAAACAGAAGCUGCGAGCAGACGUGUCUGGACUGAAGCCAGCGCACCCUCCUGUCCUGCCGGCUCCCCAGACGGCGGGUGCUGCCCAAGGCUCCCCGGAGACUCCGGCUCAGCUGGAGCGGCAGAUGUGCCAGUGUCUCCUAAGCUCUGUGACAGGAGCCUGGCUGGCAGAGGCACCAGAUGGUGAGUGGGCAUCUGGCUUCUGGAGCAAGGUGGCUGUAGUGGGUGUGCUGACCCAAGGACUGAAAGAGCAGAACCCCUUGGGGCAGGAGGCAGAGAUGCCUCGGAAGCACUUCCGACGGGGGCCCCCCAGCCUGCAAAUCAGGGCCCCUGAUAAAGGCGGCAAGGAUUGGAUUCGGGACGGCACGGAGGAGGCGAGAGGCCACCAGGAGGGACGGCUGCAGAGAACUGUCAUUAGCUGGAGAGGAGCCAUGAUUGAGCCUGAGCAGGGUACUGAAGCCCCCUCCAGGAGAGCAGACAGCCCCUCCAAGCACCCAGCCCCAGAAGCCAAGACUCAGCAGGCAUCAGCUCCCCUGAACAAGCGCCAGAAGGCGGUGGUGGACGCCUUCCUGCACGCAUGGAAGGGCUACCGCAAGUACGCGUGGGGCCACGAUGAGCUGAGGCCCGUGUCCAGGUCCUUUGUCGAGUGGUUCGGCCUUGGCCUCACCCUGGUCGAUGCCCUGGACACCAUGUGGAUUCUGGGCCUGACCAAAGAGUUUGAAGAAGCCAGGAAGUGGGUGUCCCAGAAGUUGCAGUUCCAGAAAGACGUGGAUGUCAACCUGUUUGAGAGCACGAUCCGGAUCCUGGGGGGGCUGCUGAGCACAUACCACCUGACUGGGGACAGCCUCUUCCUGGAGAAAGCCAAAGAUUUUGGAAAUCGGCUCUUGCCUGCAUUCAGGACUCCCUCUAAGAUUCCGUUCUCAUAUGUGAACAUCGGCACUGGCAGUGCCCACCCUCCACGGUGGACCUCAGACAGCACGGUGGCCGAGGUGACCAGCAUUCAGUUAGAGUUCCGGGAGCUCUCUCGUCUCACAGGAGACAUGCACUUCCAGGAUGCUGUGCAGGAGGUGACGCAGCGGGUCCACUCACUUUCCGGGAAGAAGGAUGGGCUGGUGCCCAUGUUCAUCAACACCCACAGCGGUCACUUCACACACCUGGGAGUGUACACGCUGGGUGCCAGGGCCGACAGCUACUACGAGUACCUGUUGAAACAAUGGAUCCAGGGCGGGAAGAAGGAGCCGCAGCUCCUGGAGGACUACGUGGAGGCCAUCGAGGGCGUCAAGAGGCACCUGCUGCGGCAUUCGGAGCCCAGCAAGCUCACCUUCAUCGGGGAGCUUGCCCACGGCCGCUUCAGCGCCAAGAUGGACCACCUGGUGUGCUUCCUGCCCGGGACGCUAGCUCUGGGUGCCCACCACGGGCUGCCGGCCGAGCACAUGGACCUGGCCAAGACACUGAUGGAGACCUGCUACCAGAUGAACCGCCAGAUGCAGACAGGGCUGAGUCCGGAGAUCGCUCACUUCAAUGUGGUCGCCCAGGACGGUCACCAGGACGUGGAGGUCAAGCCGGCGGACAGACACAACCUGCUGCGGCCGGAGACGGUGGAGAGUCUGUUCUACCUGCACCGCUGCACAGGGGACAGCAAGUACCAGGACUGGGGCUGGGAGAUCCUGCAGAGCUUCAACACCUACACGCGGGUCCCCACGGGUGGUUACUCGUCCAUCAACAAUGUCCAGGACCCCAAGAGGCCAGAGCCCCGGGACAAAAUGGAGAGUUUCUUUCUGGGGGAGACACUGAAGUAUCUGUACCUGCUCUUCUCUGACGACACCAACCUGCUCAGUCUGGACACCUAUGUGUUCAACACUGAAGCCCACCCCCUGCCCAUCUGGACGUCCACCUAG